UCUGCUCUGCUCCCACACCGAAGAAACCAACCCCUCUCCCUCUCCCUCUGCAAAAAUCCCCCAAAACACAUGGACGGCGAUAGGCGGCCUCCGGCGGCGGCCGCGGCCGCAUCGGCGGCAUCGGUCCUCGGCGACGACGACCUGCUCCGCGAGAUCCUGCUCCGCCUCGGCUUCCCCACCUGCCUCGUCCGCGCAGCCCUCGUCUGCAAGCGGUGGCUCCUCCACGCCUCCGACCCGGCCUUCCUCCGCCGCUUCCGCGAGCGCAACCCGCCCCGCCUCCUCGGCUUCUGCCUCCGCUGCCCUGACGGGUAUUCUUUCGUGCCGCUGCCACAGCCCCCGGAGCUCGCCGUCCCCAUACGCCGGGCGACCUCCUCCUGCGCCGCCGCCUUCGCCAUCAAAAUCCAUCGAAUCAAGCACUGCCGGAACGGCCGCCUCAUCACCAACUACUUCGACGGCUGCACACAUCAUCAUGCCAUCAUGGCGCCGCUGCUGCACGGGGAAUCCGCAACCGCCCUCCCGCCGAUCCCGCUACACUCCCGUGACUGGGCCAGGCGCGCUCAAGUGAGAUUCUUUGAGAUGUUCCUACCCGAGGAUGGGGGCCUCCACGGCAUCACCUUGCUGCAUCUCUGGAUGGUUGGGCGAAAAAUCUAUGCGGAGGUGUGCGUCCUGAGAUCCAGCGGUUGGGGCGUCCCUGCCACCGCAGAGAUGGAGCUCCCUGCUCAAAGGUAUGACGAAGGCUUCCUUGAUGACAUGCUACCACCCGUCCUUGGCAAGGUCUUCAUGGUGACCACCUCUGGGACUGGGUACGCCCUGGGCCUAGAUUUGGCGACGGCGAGCUUUUUCACCCUUGAGCUCCCAGUUGGAGUGCAGAGCAACUAUAAGCUCUCAUGUGCGGAGGAUUCUGGGCUCUAUCUUGUCAGUGCAGACGGGUUUCAGCUCAGUGUGUGGCUCCAUCCGAUGAUCGGUGACGACGAUGGUGGAGCCAACUGGAGGCUGGUAGACACAUUUUGUGUCCAUGAGACAUGCACACGUCUUGUGGAUCGUUAUUGGGUGCCCCUUUAUAAUUUUAUUGCUGUUGAUUUUGUCGGGGACAAUGCCGAGUUUGUGAUCUUGUAUCAUCCAGCAAGCUGCAUUUUCUUUUAUGUUCAUCUCAGGAACAGGGUGGUUGAGAAGGUGUAUCAGAGGCCGACGCCUACGGCUAUCACUCCGGUCUAUGGCCGCUUCCAUAUCUCUCCUGUUAUGAUGACCUGGCCGCCUAUCUUUCCGACACUGAACAAAGGACAUGAUCAAGAGGAAUGACCCUCCUGUGUUUGAUCUUUGUAAUAUCAUCACCGAGUAUGACUUCUGCUGUAUAGGAGGGUAUGUACUUUAAGUUAUUACUCUUCCUAGAAGACUGGAUAUUGCAGUCAUGUAUGUUGGAUACUAAGAACCUCUGUUCAUUUCAAUAAAAAAGCCUCCCUGAAGUUCGCCGAA